AUGGAAAGAAGUGCGAAAGUCCUGGCAUCCAAAGGUGAUGCUGUUUCCAGGGCAUUGUGCCAGCUUGGUGGCCAUCCUGACCAGAGAGUGCAGGCAGUUCGAUCUCUGGAGGUGCUUGCCCAAAGCGCUGAGGGCCGCUCCAGCAUCAUUGCAUCGGGUGGCGCAAAGAUGCUAGUUGCGCAGCUCGUCAGACCUGGCGACCAGGUGCUUCCUUUUGAAAAGAUCCGAUUAGCCAACACCUUGGCCAUAUUGGCCACUUCACCACCGUGUCGUGCGGUGAUCAUCAAUGCUGCUGCGAUACCGCAGCUCAUUCGACUUCUGGGAGGACUUCCGGAAGCGCAGGAAGCCGCCACGGAUGCGUUGACGGCGCUGGCGGCGGCAAAAGGGUCGCGCACAUUGAUGUUCGAGUGCGGCGUGCUGGAUGUGAUUGAACGUGCCCUGACAACGGAAGAUGCCGUUGGCAGACGAAGGUUUUGUCGCCUGCUCGCAGCACUUCUGGAAGGAGACUCUUUGGAGGAACGUCUGCCCAGAGUUUGUGCAGCAAUCGACUCUGCGACUGUGGUGUCCAGCGUUGUAGCUCAACUGACAGACCCCGAAGGGGUGGAGCAGGCAGCAGCAGUUGUCGCGCUGAUGAGCUGCCAAACAGGGCUACGAGUUCGGCUCAUGCAGGCAGGUGCCUUGUCCGUCCUGAAGGAUCUGCUAUGUGUGACCACGAGGGAGAUCUUGGAGCAGGCGUUAACAGCGCUUGCAGCCAUCGUCACGGUCGAAAUGGCUCCGCAAGGCGAAGAAGCUGAGGACCUCGGCACAGCCCUGGUGGAAGACGCGCUGUCCAGUGAAGUGCCCAAGAUAGUCCAGCUCCUACAAGGCCAGGACGAAGAGAUCCGCUGCGCAGCGGCUCAAACUAUCUUCCAACUGGCAGCGCGAGGUGACAUGGAGAUGCAACUUCGAUUGGCUGAGCCGUUGCCGCCUCUGGUCGCGCUCGUGAAGGAUGGCAAAGCCAGGACUCGAGCGUGGGCAGUCAGCGCGCUGAGGCUGCUUGGCAACUCCUCGGAAGCCCGCGAGACCAUCACACAAGCGGUGCCGAUGGAAGCAGAAGAGCGAGAGAAGCUACUGGCGAAAAUUCGCACUUUAUGUUUCUAA